AUAGGAGUAGUAAGUACAAAGUAUCAAACGGUGUGAUGCCAAAAUAAAAAGAAUUGAGAUGACGUUUACAUAAUUAAUUAAGAAACAAAUAUUGUACUGUAUCGUCAUACAAAUUGAGAUCUGAGAGAGACCAUUCACCGACUCGCCGUCAAAAACAAAUUCUACCACUGGAAGUGGGCAGCAAUUUCUCACUGUAGAACCCUCCACUCUGUGUUCUUUUCCUUUUCUUCAACUGUUUGGAACAACAGCGUUGGUUACCAUGACAAACAUAAAGGGUAAUAAGGGUAGAUAACUUUGGGAAACAAAACAUGAAAUUCAGAAUCGCUUCACGCAAACGCAGAAGCUCCGAAUCCUAGCUUCGGAUCAACGUGCGUUUAAGGAUACAAUCGAUUUACAUUGACUGCAAGCCAAACAUACAAAAGUUCAGUCAAACCACGUUUGAUAGUCUCAAAUGCACGUCAGGAGUGUUAAAACUCCAAUCCAAACAAGCACUAGAAGCUACAAAUCGGAGCUUAGAAAUAAGAAUAUCCUGGUUGGUGAAGCGAGAGAUCAAUAAUGAAGAGGACUUGGUUGGUGAAUUGUGCUACGUUUGUCUAGGGUUGAGCUUGUUGAACUGAAGAAUGCCUUCAAGAUAUUAUUCAUCAAACGCUUAUUCAGGCUAAACCAAUUUUUAAUCUUAAUUGGUGUUGAUUUUCAAUAAUCAUCCACCAACUGGAAUGGAAUUUUCAGAAGAAUGGAAAUCUCUAUUUCCAAUAGGUGCAUCCACUGUAUCCCCUCUUCUUCUCUCUAACCCUGAUUCGCUUGGUCCACUAUUCUUUAACCCUAACCCUAAUUCACAAACCCAUCUUGUUUCUUCCACCAUUCCCUCUCUUCAACUCCCGCAUCAUCUCUUAACCGAACGUUACCUUUUAACAUCUGACCCUUCCAUUCUCCCAUCCACUGCUUCCACUAUUGCCCCUCUCUUUGAUUCUACAGAUCAACUAAUUGACUACAAUGUUUCUCACUUUCUUUACAACCGAAUUCAACUCCUUAAGUGCCCGGAUAGUCCCAACGUUGUUGUUAUCUUCCCAACCGGUGUCAAUGACCAGAAUAUUGGUUUUUUUAUGUUACGUGUUAAGGACUCCGUGUUGGAUACUCGACUUGAUGUCAAAGGCAAUGUUUUUCGGGCUUCUACGGGUUCUGAGAGCCGUAUAUUGAAGAUGUCAGUGAAUCCGGUUACUGAUUCUGAACUUGGAGGAGGUUCUGAUUCUUCACCUGUUAUUGGAUAUUUGUUGGCAUCUUCACGGUAUUCUGUUUGUUGGUUUACUGUGAAUCACAAUUUGAGUUUGGACAGUCCUAGUAUGUCUUAUUUGGGAAUAAGUAAAGUGUUUAAGGAAGCUGUUGUGCAUGCUUGUUGGAGUCCUCAUAUAUUGGAAGAGAGUGUGGUUUUGUUAGAAAGUGGUCAGUUGUUUUUGUUUGAUUUGGAGUCUCAAGGUUCAAGCAAGACUUUCAAGGGGACUAGGUUGAGAGUACCACAGAAUGAAUCGGCCUGGUUUAAAAACAAGGGUUGGCUUAGUUGUGAAUUUAGUUGGCAGCCGAGGAGUUUGAUUGUUGCACGUUAUGAUGCCAUCUUUUUAGUUGAUUUUAGUUCAAAAGAAUGCAACGUGACUAGCCUAAUGAAGAUUGAGACAUUGCGGAUGUUUGCUCCUGAUGAAAACGAGCGGUUUCUUGCCUUGUCAAGGGCUGGUCCCGAUUACUUUUACUUCACUGUGGCUUCCACAAGUCUUUUAGUUCUAUGUGAUGUAAGGAAGCCUUUGAUGCCAAUAUUGCAAUGGAGGCACGGCAUUGAUGAACCGUGCUACAUGACUGUAUUAAGCUUGUCUAUGCUGAGAUCCAACUCAAAGGUAGAUACUUUUAAGUUGGCUUCUGAUAUGGGAUUUUGCAUUAUCCUGGGAUCAUUUUGGAAUUCUGAGUUCAAUAUAUUUUGCUAUGGACCUAAAUUUCCAUUUCGAAAAGGUUCUAGUACUUCAAGGCUUUCAAAGAUUAACACAACAUUCUAUGGUUGGGAGCUUCCAUCUGAGAUCAAUUUAUCUAGCCGUGAGUGUCAUUGUGGAAGUUGUCUGUUUAGGGAAGAGUUGUCAAAGGAUGCCCUUCCCGAGUGGAUUGAUUUGCAGCUAAAGAAAGAGAUGGUUUUGGGAUUUGGCAUUUUAAACAAUGACCUUGCUUCCUUGCUCUGUGAACCAGAUGAGCAUGGUGGUUUUACACUAGUAAGGGUAAUGUCGUCAGGAAAGUUUGAAUUGCAGAGAUAUCACGCCUCUUGGGCUAUGUCUAGAAACUUGGAAGGUUGCCACGAAGCAGAUUUAUGUUUGGAGUCACACUUGUUGCGUCCCAUGAGUGAUAAGGAAAACAAAUACAAAUCUGCAGAUUUUCAUUGCAUAAAAUUGGAUUACCUUUAUGCCUAUGCAAAUGGUAAUCUUGCUCAAGAUCUAACUACAAAACUAGACGAGGUCUAUUCGGAUGAUCAAGAGGAGGCGCCUUUUUGUUUAGAAGUUCAUGAGUCAUUGUGUAAGAAAUUAAAUGCUUGUGGAUUGGGACAUUCAAGAUCAUCUCCUGCAAUUACUUCUAUUUUUAAAGAUGUCAAGUUACCAGCAAGCUUCCACGAGGUUGCCUUAAGAAAAUUGUGGACCGACUUGCCUUUAGAGUUAUUACAGUUAGCAUUUUUGAGUUAUUCUGAAUGUCGUGAAGUCAUUGGAUACAACCAAAAAGGGGUACCUUUAGAAUUUUUAGCUGUUCCAGACCUUCCUCAGUUGCCUCCGUUCUUUUUAAGGAAACCAUCACCCCAUAGCAACGAUGACAUUGUGGGUCCAGUUAUUCCUUUUCCCGUUUUACUUGUGAUUAAUGAAGCUCGCUAUGGGUACUCAGAUUCGAGUAGUGACGAAUUUUCAGUAGAAGGAGAACUUGGCCUCAAAUACAAAGAAGUUAUGCAGGUGGCUGGUGAGAUUGCUGUUUCAUCUCGUGGCCCUAUGUGCCCUGAUGAUCAUGUAGUCUCCCUUGAUGAUGAUGAAGGGGAACCCUGGGCUGGUUCUUCGAAACCAAAAUCUUUUUCGACAUAUCGCCCAAUUGCUUUGAAUUUCUCCGAUACAGAUAAUAUACAGGGAAAGUCUGUUUACACUGAUACCGCUUAUGAUACAUUUAUUUUUCAUGUUUCGGACAAGUCCUGUGAGCAUACUGAAUCUGUUGGAGAAGAGAUGUUUGAUGAUCUUUGCCCAAUUGAGUUGAGAUUUGAUGCUCCUGUGAAGAAGUUUGAAGGCCAGAGUUUAAAGGCAUACGAAUUAUUGAAAGAGCAGACGUCUAAAUGGCAACAAAGUUUUGAUUUGUAUAAGGAAUUUUGUAUUCAAUCUGGAUUUGAAAAGUAGAUAUCAGUUAAAAUGUAAGUUAAAAAAAAAAAUUAGCUGAUAAAAAUUAUUACUAUUACGUGCAGGCUCGCCCUUCAAGGGUCAGCUCCAAGGUGUUACUUUCUUUAA